AUGACUGUUGGCAAUGUUUCAAUGAUCUUGUUCAUAAUCAUCGCUGGUCUUCCAUACUUCGAUUCGGAUCACUUCUCAGACUUCGCUCCCCGAGGAGCCGCUGGUAUCCUCGGUGGAGCCUCGUCAGUCUUCUUCUCGUAUGUCGGUUGGGACGCUGUAUGCGUGUUAUCAGAAGAAGUCGAGAAACCAACCGUGGUGAUACCUCGGGCAAUUGGUGUCACCAUUUCUCUAACUGCGACCUUAUAUGCUUUAGUCUCCAUUUCCCUUAUAGGUCUAGUCGGUGUUGAACAAAUAAACCCUCUUACUCCUAUUUACUCGGCAUUCCAGUACGUAGGUCUAGACUGGGCCGCAAUAGUAGUUGCAGUAGCAGCAGUAACGUGCUCUAUUACAGCCACGUAUGGUACUAGUGCUGGACAGCCUCGUGUAUUUUACCGAAUGGGAAAGGACGGUUUGCUCUCGCCGAAAUUCACCAAAGUGAACAGCAAAGGUUCGCCUUUUUACGGUAUCUUUUGGACCUUGAUCCUUACAGUCAUCAUUUCUGCACUAUUAGAUUUCGAUAUUCUCAAUCAGGCGAUCUCAGCGGGCAUCCUACUCAUGCAGGGCUUGGUGUGUAUUGGCUGCGUUCUAAGGCGUAUACGUAGAGGAAUGCCGACGCCUUCUACUACGUCGGUUUAUGAUAAGGUUGAUAAACAGGCCCGAAUAUUCUUAGGAGCUCUCGUCAUUGAUCUCAUUAUUGCUGGUCUGUGUCUGCAGGGUGGUAGUGGCAGUGAAAUCGCGGUUUACGUAUUCUUAUGCAUCUACGCUACCGGACUGGUGGCAUUUUUCUAUCGUGGAUGGAGGCUCAUGGGCACCAACGUGUUCAGUUUGAUAGUGCCAAUAGCUGCGGUAACGGUGAACAUCUUCAUCAUGGCCAGUCUAGGCUGGUUGGCAUUCUGCAUCGUUCUCGCCUACUUCGUCGCCGGUUCAGUGAUUUACUUCGGUUACGGUAUUCGCCACAGCACUAUGAACGGUCUCCGUCUGAGCGAGGUCGAUGGUUUGGAUGUUGAGAUGGAUGAUAUCAUCAAGAUGGCAAGCAGGAGCAUCGACGGCGAUUCUGGUGUUGGCGGUGAUGACAAGGGCCUCAAUGAUACGUUAAAUUAG